UUUCGUCGUUCAGUACUUUUUUUCUUUACAAGAAAUAGGUAUGCAACAUAAAUUAUAUUUUAUUUGAAUUAUACUUAGCGUUGGUAGUUUAAAAUAGUUGGCUUUUUUCGUUUGAAUAUAGCUGCAGAUUUUACCAACUUUGAAUCAAGAAAGAAAAAACAGUAAGUUCAGAGGAGUUAAUUCCAAAAAAUUUGUUUUAAUGCAAAGGAGGAUUGGGUCCAGCCUUUCUUGAUAGUUGAUGUUGGGGUGAAAGGAAUUUCAAGUUUGACUUUAGUCUUGGUUCAAAGUAUUUUUAUUGGUGUUGCCUUCAUUUCCGAGGGUCUUUAGGGUGUAGCAAUGCAAAAUAUUCCUAGGGGCCACGCACCCAGAACACCGACCCUGUCUCCCUUGACAGGGCCUUCACCUACAACCAGGCUUCGUCAUUGGCUAAACGACGAAUCUUAAUCUGUUCCAGUAGCAAACUUUGACACCCCAAGGUGCCCUUUCUGCCGGUCCUGCCCCCGCCGCAUCACGAAGCCUGGCGCCUCUGUUUUAGAACAUAAUACAUAUUUAUGACAAUAUCAGCCUUCCUCUUGUUGUAUAUGAUAUACCCUGGGUUCCAGAGCGUCAGUGUCGAGGAAAUAGGGGGUUACUCUCCCGCAACCCCCUAUUUCCUCGCCGCCCUAUUUCCUCGACAUUUACUUUGUUUUAUUAUCAAUGAUUGUUUAUUAUGCCUCUGAUCGAGAUGUCGGAUCGAGAUUAAUAUGGCGGGAAAGUUGUGUGGAGGAAUAGGCCCAUGAAACCUUUUCUAAAUUUAAAAUGAUUGGUGAUAAGUCAAUAUUUUGUCUUCUUUUUAAUUUUGAUGUUUCAAAUUGACUCUACGACCACCCUAGGCCUCUGCAGCAAGGCAUGGCUUUCAAAGAAGCGGAAGAAUUUGAGAAACUUCUUGAAAGUUCUGAUGUUUAUAAACCCAAAGAUCUGGCUUCAGGACUGUUUCGAGAUGCUGAUGAAGAUGCUAUGCUUGAAAUCUCAAAAGCAGUUGCUCGACUCCCAGUUCUACCAAUAUUGUCAGAAUGCGCAGGGGGGUCACCAUAUGACUCGACUGAAAGGGGUAAGGGACAUGAAAUUUCAAAGGAAAUCGAAUCUCUUCAAGAACAAGCUAAAUCAUUUUCAAGUCAUUUUUUGAUAGACAUUUGUGACUUGUCCGUCAGUUCAGAAUAUGUCGGCAAUGCCAUUCUAUUUAUGAUCCAGGAGCACAAAAACCCGGGAAAGUCGUUUGAGGCGAGUGGUAUUGACAAACUGAUAACAACUUUUAACGAAUUGGCUCAGAAGAAGCAAAUAUGCAAAGAAGUAGUAUCUGAAGUUAUUCUAAGAUCCAAGAGAAUAAUCCCACUUGAAGUUCUUAUGCCUCUGACUGAGGUAGGAUUGCUUUCUUUAAGCAAAUAUCUUGCCACAUCUUUGGAUGCAGGAGAUGGCAAUAUGCUAAGUGAGGAGCGACUUUCUGCUCUGCAUAAGGACCUUGAGUGUUUUCUCUGCAGAAGUGGCUCGACAGAGUACGUUAGAUUACCAGGUAAUGAAAUAUUGUGUUUCAUUAUGUCUUUAACGGCUCUAAAUCCUAAUGCUUUAGGCGUUGCAAACAAUGUUCAGAAAACUGUGAAUGCAAUGAUUUGCCAAAUCAUCGAAGAACACGAUUUUAAGGAACUUUUUGCUAAAAAUGAAAGGGAAUCUUUGGUCGCAAAACUGGCAGACAUGGAUAAUUCUGAAAAACAUCAUAUCACUGCGAGGGUGGACUUUUUCAUGCAACUUGUCGAGACCUUUCUAAAGAUGGGACAAAAUCAAACGAUAAACAAUGCUUUUUUGUCACACUCCGAGUGGGUCUUCGCUAGAAUGACUGAGAAUACAAUUACCUCUCUACAAGCAAUGAUGCUUUAUGUAGAUGACAAGGAUUUAAUCUCAAUCAUUGCUACAUCGAUGCGUGAAAGUAACUGUAACUUUCAGAGGCUACUCUCGUUUAUUUCUGUAUGGCUUAUAUCUUCAGAGAGUGCGCCAGACGUCUUUGCAAAAACCCUUACAAAUCUUCUAGUUGAUUCAAUCGAUUUGAAACAAAUGUCUCUGGUUAAGGUUACCUUGCUAGUUGCAAGACAUUGCACUUUACAUAAUCAUUGUGGCUUUCCAUCGUACUCGAAAUGGCUUCAAAACACACUGAAGGAUGUAUUAUUGGUAAAUAAUCGAGACUCGUUUAUGACGUAUCUUAGAUGUUUAAACGAUUUGCUACCUGUAGAAACAAGAGAUUUUCUAAAGGUACAUUUGACUUUAGGCUUUGAAGUCCCAGCUAUUGCAAAACAUUUGUUUAAUGACUAUAGUGGUAUUGCCAAGACAAGACUCUGCGACUUAAAGGCAAAGCCAACGCAGAAUGAUGUACAAUUCAUUCACGUGAACAAGGAAUUUGAUUCAGGUGCCUUGAAGGACGUGGGGAUUUCUGUGGGUCAAUACGCGAUCAACGGGAAGAUCCCGAAGGCUGUUUUCGAAAUGAGCGUGUUUCAAAAGAAUUAUUUCCUGAGCUCUUUUCUGCCCGCUUUAUUGAACCCUGAAGCUCUGCACAAUGACGAGAAUCGCAAAAAGUUCGUAGAAGAGCUCAAAAGGGCAGGGAAGAUACCAAACAAAAUAUACCAGACUUACGAACGAGCAUGUGAAGAUUUUAACAUAAAAAAUACCUUCAACGAUGUCACUCGAAGUCUUAGCGAGCUUGCUGAUAUAGUAGUUAAGAAAAUUAAUGAACUGCCUCAAAUCAUUGUCAGCAAUCAACAGAUUGAGCAGCAGAAACACCGGAGAGUUGCCAUUCAAACAUAUCUGGCAUCUUUGUCAGCACAUUUAAAACACUUUGAAGAUGUUUGCGAGGAAAGAGGGAGUGAAGAUAUUUUAGCCUCUUUGUUCAAGGGUAAUUUUGCAGAUGCUCUGCUUGAUGAGAUUUGUCAUUCAUUCGCUAUGAGCUCAGAUCCCAAAGCAUUUGCGAGCUGUAAAUGGAUAAAAUGGGUGCUUCAAAUAACAACUGAUGGCGAUGACUUAUUAGCACGCUUAAAAUCACGAAUCUUGAAACUACUGGAAAGUGAUAUUUCUGUGCUAGAAUCAUACCAUCUACAAGCCAUUGCUUGUAUUGUUUCUACACUUCAAAGCAUCGAAAACCAGCCAGAGGAUCUAAGGGAAUCGUUUUUGAAGCAGGCUGUGCAUUCUUCAUUAGGAUUGCAAGAAAAUGAAAUAGCAUUACGAAGAGUUUGUCAGGCUUUUGAAUUUGUUUCGUAUCUUCUGUUUUUCUGUUCUUUGAUUUCAAACGAAGUGAUUGUUGCUGAUGACAACUUGACUAGUGAUGUUUGCAUUGUUAAUGAUGCUAUAUUGUUGCCAAAGUCAAUCAUAGAUAUUUGGAUGAUGGUAACAAACAGGUUGAAGACAUCUGUCGGUGCCAUAGAAGGCUCACUCGAAGCUCCAUUGAAAGAUUCGGUUACUGAAUUGAAAGAAACUUUGGAAUUUGCCGAAUCGGUCCAGCUGUUAAACCCUUAUAAAGCUACUGUUGCAAACUACCAAUUUGAUCUAAGGGCAUGGCUUAAUUCGAACUUCAGAUAG